AUGGACGAUGAUGGAGGUGCCGAUUUGGGCGGCGCGGUGAGGGAAGCGCCCGUCUGUCUGGGCGGCACGACAAGGGAGGCCCCUGCCAGUUUGGGCGGCAUGGAGAUGGAGGCUCCCGCCGGUCUGGGCAGCGCGCGGGGUGGUCCCUCCAUUCUGGGCGGCGCGGCGAGGGCGGCCCCCGCCGGUUUGGGCGAUGCGCCGAGGGUGGUCCCCGCCGGUCUAGGCAGCACGCCAAAGGGCAGCCCCGGCAUUUUGGGCAGCACGACCGGCGCAAGGGAGGCACCCGCCAGUCUGGGCGGCGCGGUGAGAGGCGUCCCUGCCGUUCUGGGUGACCUCGCGCAGGCGUGA